GCUAUGGAACUUGAUUUUGGACACUUUGACGAAAGAGAUAAGGCGUCCAGAAACAUGCGAGGCUCCCGUAUGAAUGGCCUGCCCAGCCCCACUCACAGCGCUCACUGCAGCUUCUACCGCACCAGGACCUUACAGGCACUCAGCAACGAGAAGAAAGCCAAGAAGGUGCGCUUCUAUCGCAACGGGGACCGCUACUUCAAGGGGAUUGUGUACGCCGUCUCUGGCGACCGCUUCCGGAGCUUCGAUGCCUUGCUCGCCGACCUGACCCGGUCUCUGUCCGAUAACAUUAACCUGCCUCAGGGAGUUCGCUACAUUUAUAGCAUUGAUGGCAGCCGAAAGAUUGGGAGCAUGGAUGAGCUGGAGGAAGGUGAAAGUUAUGUAUGUUCCUCAGACAACUUUUUUAAGAAAGUGGAGUAUACCAAGAACGUCAACCCCAACUGGUCAGUCAAUGUGAAAACCUCGGCCAAUGUGAAAGCCCCUCAGUCCCUGGCAAGCAGCAACAGUGCUCAGGCCCGGGAGAACAAGGAUUUUGUGCGUCCCAAGCUGGUGACCAUCAUCCGCAGUGGGGUGAAGCCCAGGAAGGCCGUCCGUGUGCUCCUGAAUAAAAAGACAGCACAUUCAUUUGAGCAAGUUCUCACUGAUAUCACAGAAGCCAUAAAGUUGGAAACAGGAGUUGUCAAAAAGCUGUACACCCUCGAUGGAAAGCAGGUGACCUGUCUCCAUGAUUUCUUCGGGGACGAUGAUGUAUUCAUUGCCUGUGGUCCAGAAAAAUUCCGCUAUGCACAGGAUGACUUUUCUCUGGAUGAAAACGAGUGCCGGGUCAUGAAAGGGAACCCUCCAACAACCCCAGGUAGCAAGUCAUCCCCAACUCCACAGAAGAGCUCAGCGAAGAGCCCAGCUCCUGUGCGCCGGAGCAAAUCCCCCGCUGAUUCAGGUAACCCUCAGGAUGCAAAUGGGACAUCAAGCAGCCAGCUGUCAACACCCAAAUCAAAGCAGUCUCCGAUCUCAACACCCACCAGCCCAGGGAGCCUCCGCAAGCACAAGGACUUGUACCUGCCCCUGUCCUUGGAUGACUCGGAUUCCCUUGGCGAUUCAAUGUAA